CUUCCGUGUUCAUUGGUCUUUCCCGGAAAUGAUUGGUUGGCAUUGGCAACGUUUUAGCCAGGUCUAACGGCGUACACACUCUCUGAAUAAAGAAAACGAAAGGAAGGGUUAUAAAAAAGAUCUCAGCUGCAGACUUCUGAUCUUUUAUUCUUCAAAUCCACUCACCAUAGAGGAGCGUGGAGCGAGUACAGACUGCAAACAGAAUGACCAGCUCAUCUGCUCCCAGGAUGGUGAAUAGUUACAAGCGGACCUCGAGCCCCCGAUCCCCUACUAACACUGGGGAGCUUUUCACCCCAGCACAUGAGGAAAUGCGCUUUAUACAUGAUACCUGGCAGUGUGUGCUCCGAGACAUCAGAUCAACACAAAAUAGCGAACGUAAUGACCGUGGACCACAGGAGUAUGUGGAAAAGAACCCAAAUCCUAACCUACAUUCUUUCACGCCAGUGGACCUGAGCGACCUUAAGAAACGUAACACACAGGACUCCAAGAAGUCCUAGUGUUUCCAUGGCGGUCCAGUCACUUCUUUCCACCCAUUUUCCUCGAGAACUUUUUCCUCCAUCAGCCAGAAAGUCAGCCCUGUUGGCCAGUCUAGCACAGAAUGCCAAUCUCAUCUCUCAACUCUGGACCACAGCAGCCCCCGUCUUUUUCUUUGGCCCACCUACACCUGACCACGAAGAAAAGGAAACCGGUUUCCAGGGAGCUCAAAUUAUUUCGCCUCUCGGUUCGUGUUUUUAUUCAAGUGACAAAAAUCUUGAUAUGUACAUUCUUUAUGUGAAUGGGACUGAUGCAAACUUUUAUCAAAAUCUGCUGACAUCUGAUGCUGAGGUGGCAAACUGUCAACAUUCUCCACAGGACACAAAUGACUGCAGUCUUAAAUACAAAACCUUGUUUUCUUUAAUACUGCUACUUAUACGACUUUGGAGGAAAAAUACGAAAGGGCUUGACUUCUUUCUUUUUUUUGGGUUCGUUUGGGAGAUAGUUCAGUAAAUUGUAGAAGUAGUCAAAUGGUCACAUUGGAUAUACCAUUUGUGGGCAAGUUUGGAAGCCAAAUGCAAUGUAGAAGGCCAAUGUUUUGUAUUAUAAUGUCUUUCCUCCCCCAAAUGGACUUUACUAAGUAGAGACCUCCCCAAGUAUGCUGCCCUUGGUUGAACCCCCCUCCCCUAAGCCUUGAAACAAAAUGUUGAAUAAAGGACUUUUACAGUA